GAGCAGACUUCAUUUUUUUUAUUAAUAAGAAAAGAUAAGAUGGCUCAGCAGAAAAUAGAGAAACCAUGCGAGGAUCUUAUAGCUAAGACGUCAUCAUCAAAGGUACUUUUAGUUGGAGCAGGUGGUAUUGGAUGUGAGCUACUUAAGAACCUUUUAUUGUCUGGAUUUGGAGAAAUACAUAUUAUUGAUUUAGAUACGAUUGAUUUAUCAAAUCUUAAUCGUCAAUUUUUAUUUGAAAAAAAGCAUAUUAAAAAGCCGAAAUCAUUAGUUGCAAAAGAAAAUGCUCAAAAAUUUAAUCCUAAAGCCAAACUUAAAGCGUAUCAUUCGGAUAUUAAAGAUUCGAGGUUUAAUAUAUUCUGGUUUCAAAAGUUUACGUUAGUAUUUAAUGCAUUGGAUAACUUGGAUGCUCGUCGUCAUGUUAAUAAAAUGUGUUUAAUAGCAGGUGUUCCUCUUAUUGAAAGUGGAACGAUGGGAUUUCGUGGCCAGGUCCAGGUUAUAAUUAAAGGAAAAACAGAAUGUUAUGAUUGUAACCCGAAGGAAACGCCGAAAACCUAUCCUAUUUGUACUAUAAGAAUGACGCCUACAUUACCUAUUCAUUGUACGGUUUGGGCAAAAAAUUACUUAUUUUCGCAUAUUUUUGAUACUAAAAAAGCAUUUGAUACAGAAAAUAAUGAGAAAGAAGAUAUGGAUGAUUUAUAUAUUACAAAAAAUAUUUUUAAGAAUAUCAAAGAUUCUAUAAAAGAUGGGAAUUUUGCUAAGGAAUUGUUCAAGAAACUUUACUUUGAUGACAUUAUGCAAUUAAAAUCUAUGGAAGAAAUAUCUAAAAUAUUAAAAAUAAUAAAUCCUCUUUCAUAUGAAGAUUUGAAAUCGAAAUCUGAUACAAUUGAUAAAGAAAGAUUAAAAAAUAGCCAAUUAGUAUGGACUAUUGAAGAAAAUUUUUAUGUUUUUCUAUUGAGUUUGGAAAAUCUUCUACGAAGAUUUAUUUCACUCUUGGAUUCAUCCUCAGAAGAUAAUAAAUCUUCUAUUUCAUUCGAUAAAGAUGAUGAAGAUAUGUUAAAUUUUGUAUCCUCAUCAGCUAAUCUUCGAUCUUAUGUUUUUGGCAUUGAGCAAAAGUCAAAAUUUGAAAUUAAACAAAUGGCAGGAAACAUUAUACCAUCUAUUGCAACUACAAAUUCCAUAAUUUCUGGUAUUUGUGUUCUACAAGCAUUUCAUGUAUUAUCCAAUAACUUGAAUUCUCUUAGAACAGUAUUUUAUUCGAGACGUCCAGAAAAAGUAUUUAACAGUGCACCUGCAAGUCUUCCAAAUCCACAAUGUGAACUUUGUGGAAUAGAAACGUCUUUAUUUUCAGUAGAUAUUAACUCUGCAACACUUAAAAAUUUAGUUAUAAAUGUUCUACAAGAAGGACUAGGAUAUGGUGAAGAAAUAAGCAUUAUAAGUGAUAGACUAUUGUAUGACAUUGAAUUCGAAGAUAAUCUUGACAAAUUACUCAAGGACAUUGGAGUUCAAAAUGGUACAUUUUUAACUAUUAUUGAUGAAGAUGAUAAUGAAAAAUUAAACAGAAAAAACUUAAUAUUAGUAAUAAAAGAAAAGACAUUCAAAAACACAGAAAAACCAUAUUCCAUGUUAAAUAUUACAAUACCCAGGCAUUCAUAUAAUCAUGAAGCUGAGAAAAAUGAUAUAACUAAUGAAAAUAAUAAUGAUAAUGAUUUUCAAGCUUUAAAAAAAAGAAAAUCAGAUUACCUAGAUUCAGAAUCUAAUUCAAUUCUUAAAAAAACUAAAAUGGAUCCUAUUAUUAUUGAUGACGAUGACAGCGAUGUUGUUCUAUUAGAUUGUAUAUGAAAACACACAUUUUUAAAUACCACCAUCUAUGUACAGUGUAGUUCCU